AUGAAGGUAUCUGUUGUUUCUGUUCUUGUUGCUGUGUUGACUAACUUGGCUCUGGCCGAAUCAGUUAGGGGUGUUGCUCCAAAUAAGCAGCAUCUUUAUAAAGCUGACAGCAAUGGCAAAUGGAAAUGUUUAUCCAACCCAGAAAUUGAAAUUGAUUUCUCCAAGGUCAAUGAUGAUUACUGUGAUUGUCCUGAUGGAUCUGAUGAACCAGGUACCAGUGCUUGUGAAUCCGGUAAAUUCUUCUGCGAAAACGCGGGUUAUAAACCAAGUUACAUUCCUUCUUACAAGGUCAAUGAUGGUGUUUGUGAUUAUGAAAUCUGUUGUGAUGGAUCUGAUGAGUGGAACACUGAUGCAAAAUGUAAAAAUGUCUGCAAAGAGUUGAAUGAAAAAUACGAAUCUCUCAAGAAGGAAAGAUUAUCCAAAUUGACUAAAGGCUUAAAGAUCAAACAACAAAUGUUGGCUCAAGUCGCCAAAGCCGAUGAAGAAUUAGAUACAAAGAUUCAAAAAGAAUCCAUGGAAGUGUCACAAUUAAAUGAUGAAGUCUACCAGUUGAAGAAGAAGAUUGAAGCUUUGAACACUAAAUAUAACAAGGAGGCCAUGGAGUUUAUUGCCGAAUUAAAAGGUGAACAUAGUGCCAGUACCAUUGAUGAGAAAAUCUACAGCUUGAAAGAAGCAAUCCAUUUGAUUAAAUUGGGAGUUGACAAAAAUAUUGAAAAGAGCGAAAUCUCCAAAGAGAUUCUUCUUAAUUUGGCCACAGAUUUUGAUCAAAAUAUCAAUGAUGUUACCGUUAAGAAAGCCAUUGAAGAUUUCCAAGAAUUCUCCAAUGAUAAAAAAUUCGACGAGUUUGACACAUUGUACAAGGAAUAUUUGGAAAAAUAUAAUGCGAUGUUGGGAGAUUUGGAUUUGUAUAACAUUUUCUUCCUUCUUGAGAAGAAUAAAGUUCACAUGGCUAAUUGGAAAAAUUUCAUUUGGACUAGAAAGAGUUCUUUGCACAGCACUCUUUUGAAAUUAUUGUUGAUCCAGGAUGAAUCUUCCAAGAAAUUGGAAGCUAUCAUGACCGAUAUUAAGGAGAACUACAAUCCAAAUUUCAACAAUAAGGCUGUUAAGACUGCCCUUAAAGGUAUCGAAAGUUACGAGACUUUGAAACAGAAAGUUCAAGACGAUGUUCUUGGUAAAAUUGAUUACGCAAAUGACUACGAUGGUGCUGUUAAAGGGCUUAUGACUUUCAUCGAAGAGCUCGAGGCGGCUCUUGGUAGACCAAAGAGUGAAGCUAAAGAUUUACAAAUUGCUGAUGAUCUCAGUACAGAAGAACUUGAAGCCAAACAGAGUGAAAAGAAAUUGCAAAUGGAAUUGGAAGCUGAAGAGGAGGAAGCCAGAAGGUCGACAUUCCCACAAAACAUCAAGCAAGCCGUGGUCAGAGCUGUGGAAGAUUUCUUGGGGGUUUAUGACAAUUUGCCAGAAGAGAAAGAAACAGUGUUUGAAACUGUGCCAUAUGACUUGGUUUCUAGACAUCUUAGCGAGAUCAAUGAUUUGUCUAACGCUGGUGAUGAAGAUGCUGAUUCUUAUAGCAAAGAAUUGACAUCUCUUCAAGAAGAGAUGCGUGGCAAGCAAGAGCUCAUCCAGGAACUCAACCAACAAGUUGGUGAUCUUGUGCAAGAGUUGAAUGACUCAACGAACUAUUAUGGUCCUUCCAAGGUCUUGAAGGCUGUGGAAAACCAAAGUUUCAAGGCUUCAAUCGGAGAAUAUGAAUAUGAGAUUGAUUUUGUUGGCAAUAUUAAGCAAUCAGGCAAUGGUCAAAGUGCUCAUGUCGGUACUUAUAGUGGUGACAUCAAAAAAUUGGUCAACCCAAAAGAUGGUACUACCAAAUUAGAAAUGGCUUUCAAGAAUGGUGCCAAAUGUUGGUCAGGACCAAUUAGACAAGCAAAGGUUACUGUUUACUGUGGUGAAUCCGUUGAAAUUUUGAAGGUCACUGAACCUGAAGUUUGUCAAUAUUACAUCGACGUCACCAGUCCUAUUGCCUGUUUUGAGUCUGAAUUGGAACAGGUUGAAGAAAAGAAACUUGUAGAAUCUGAAUCUGUCCAUGAUGAGUUGUGA